UGUACGAAUGUAUUUAGAAUUCAUCCCUGCCCUGAUAGCAGCAAAAAUCAUGAAUGGAAAUGUUUCGAUUAGCCAACUCUCUCGGCAAUUAUUAUUCUAUCAGCCGGACCACAAUAUAACCGCUUCCUAAUCAGUGUUAUUUGUGCGUGAUCUUGGUUCGGGGUUACUUGUGUGUAUAGUUCCAGUGUGCUAGAGGAUGGGAAAGGCAGCUUUUUAUUUGGCGCUUUCUGUCCUAGCAUCGGUGGGAUAUUUGAGAUGCCACGUGCUAGCCGAGGAUAGUACAGUUGUUCCGGACGAUGAUGACACCUCGGAGGAAGCCGGUGACCACAUCACCAUCCCCGCUUUUGUACGGAGUAAAUUUAACUUGAGAAUUUGGUCCACCACGGAAGCUUUGAUCACGGAAAAUCAAACCGAAACAACUAAGGCACCGAUGGUAACCAAGGCAACGAAAACAACGGCGAAGACCAAGCGUACCCGGACGACUACACUUGCUACGACAACUAUUCAACCAACCACUGAGGUAGUAACGUUGGCCUAUUCGGACAAUUUAAUGGCACUGGAAAACACUUCGCCACCAACUAAUAACCAGCCUACUACGAUGAAACCAAAGCAGAGAAAAUUGUCGUCACCCGGUUGUGGCGAACUGAAUGGAGAUGACAUUCCGUGGAUUGCUAUUCUAGAGCAUACGGAUCCGAAGGGCGAUACACGCAAGAAGACGCUCAGCAAGGGCGUACUUAUCGACGAUCGGCAUGUGUUGACGACAAUUUCCAGCAUUCACAAUUCCUAUCCGUUCUGGUUGGUGACCGGAGUUCGGCUCGGUGAUACUCCAACCUGGGCAUUUUCGGAGGGUGGUAAGAAGGCAAACGCGAGAAAACGGGACGUUUUAUCGACGCCGAUUAGGAAUGUGUUUUUGCAUGAAAAGAAAGAUAUUGCAGUGAUUCGGUUGGCGGAGCGGGUAAAUUUCACGGAAAAGAUUCGUCCGGUGUGUUUACCUGUUAGUGAUCGAUUCAAUUAUACGGAAUUGUUCUUUCACGUGUGCCGGAAGGAAAAGUCGGAGUUUGGGAGAACGAAUACGACCGGGAAGUUGGUGGCAGUGACUUCUCUAACGCAAAAGGAUUGUCAAAUUUUGUUCCGAAGACAUCAGGCGGAAAUGGGUCCGAAAGAGUUCUGUGCGUGGGACGAAACGGGAGAUAACUGCACGGGAGAUUUGGGUGGACCUCUGAUGGUAAAACUUAGCGGACGAUAUCAUGUUGUCGGGCUGAACUCAUACGCGUUAGCUAAGUCGAAAAUUGACAGCGAAGGACUCCCAGGAGUGUAUGUUCGCGUGGGUUCCUUUCUGAAGUGGAUCCAAGCAGUCCUGAAAACGGAGUUUGACGAUUCGGGCUGACAGUUGGGCAAGUGCGGACGCAAAUCGGAACUAGAAUGCUAUCGGUUGAUAAGAGUUUGUCGCUAGUUGUCGCUUUGAUAAAGCUAAGGGAAUCGCGAGGUGAACGCGUGCCAGUCUAUAUUUAUUAUCAUAGUUAUGAUUGGAGAGAGAGAAAGAGCAACAACAACGAAAAGUAAUCUAGAAUAGAAUAGAAACUGUGGCGUAGCGACCGCUAUUUAUACGAGACAA